AGGAGCGGAACCAAAAGUUCUUGUCAAAUCAGAAAGUUCUUUUACAAAACUCAGAAAUGGCAGAUUUAUUUGCUAAUAUCGAUUUAAAGAAAGCUGAUGGUACUGUAAAGAAAGGAAGUGAUGCGCUGGCCAACAAAAAAGUUGUGGCAUUGUAUUUCUCAGCGCAUUGGUGCCCACAGUGUCGACAGUUUACGCCGAUCUUAAAAGAAUUUUAUGAAGAAGUAAACGACGAUGAAUUUGAAAUAGUAUUUGUCUCACUGGAUCAUUCGGAGGAGGAUUUGAAUAACUAUCUAAAAGAAUCACAUGGCGACUGGUAUCACGUUCCGUUCGGUUCCAGUGAAAUCGAG